AUGGUGAAGUGUGCUGCCAAGCUACAGCCAGGCGCCUUUACAGGAUCAGCUCACUGCGGAGACAGCAACCUGGUUCUAUUUGUCGCACAGGCACGUGAAGGUCGCCUGGUAGCCUUGAAGCUGUUGGUACAUGCUUUUGCGGGGCCCGUCUUGGCACUCUUGGCUGACAGUGUCGGACGAAGGCCUGUGCUUCUUUUGGGUCUUGGAGGCUUUACUGUGGCGUUUGGUCUUUUUGCAAGUGUGGCAGGGCUACCAGUGAUUCAUGGCUCUCAAAGCGUCAUGUGUAUGUCCUUCAUUGUUGAAGGAUGCACCAGUGCGUUUGAUGUUGUUUUUCUUUCGGUCCUAGCAGACCUCGCAAAGUCAACUACAGACCGCGUCACUUGCUUCUCUGUGCUCUACGGAGUGGGCGCCUUUGGUCACGCAAUAGCAUUGUGCUUUGCUGCGCGAAUUCUUAGAUGGGAGCUUAAAAACUAUGCACCAGUGUGGGUCGCCAUGACCAUGGGAAUGGCGGGUGUGACGAUGCUGGUUUUGCUGUGUAUCCCGGAGAGCCUUCCAUCGGCACAGGCCAAGUUGCGGCCACAAAAGCUGACUCUGUCGAAAGUUAUGACCAGCACUGCUGUGCAAAUGAGAUUCUUGAUCUCUAACCGCUUCUUGCAGAUUUGGUUGACGGCAGUGCUGUUCAAGUCAUUGGCAGCUGGCCUUGGAAGUAUUUAUGCAUCAUUUACCUUGGCAGCGUAUGCUUGGAAGCCUGGGGAUUGGCAGGCGGCCACUUGGCCUUUCGAAAUGAUCUCCAUGGGAAGUCUCAGCUUGCUUGGACCAUUAGCAGCCCGCAAGCGCCCUGAGUCUGUGAUUUCCUUCACUUCUAUUGCAGGAAUCCUGACCCAUGGUUGUCAAAUCCUGGCUCCAUUUUCUGCCCUGGCACUAGUGGGUCCACACCUGUUUUCUGGCCUCUUGGCUUUUGCACGGCCUGUGUCUGCUGCGUUUUUGAGCAGUAUGUUUCCAGCUUCGCAACAGGCGAAAGUCCAAGCAUUGGCACAUUUGGUUCAUGACUGCGGCAUCUCAGUGUCGAUGGCCACCUUCUCUGGGCCUUGGCUCUUCCGACCGCACCUCCAGGGCUGGGAUGCUGCACGCCCCUUCCUGUUCGCCGGUCUUUUGGCUGCUCUUGGUAACAGCAUGAAGCUGCUGCUAGUGCAGCGAAUGCUCAGAACCCAGGUUGGUAAACCACAGAUGGAAAUGGUAUCUGUGUCCGAACUGGCUCAUGCAUCUUCUAAAGCAGUGGAGGCUGACAUGGCAGAGCUCACUGAGUGUUGA